AUGGGGGGUUAUCUGGGGGAGAGGGGCGGGGCGGUGAAGGAGGCGGAGUUACGCGGCGAGGCGAACGGCGAGACUCGUCUGUUGGAGCGAUGCAAGGGCCUGAUGAGGAGGGCCAGGGAGAUCUGCAACAUGGACCCUGGUCAGACAGUGGUUCCCCCGGAGCUUCACACGGCCUUCAGCCAGCUGCCAAAGACCCUGGACGAGAUCGACGCCAUGCUGAACGAGGAGCGCUCCAGGGCAGACUGCUUUACCGGCCUCAGCGAGAACGUGGUGGAUGAGUACAACAGGAGAGAGCAGGAAAUCAGGACUCUGGAGGCAGAGCUGACCGAGACAAGCAGCUCCCUGGACACCUACAGACAGACCAUCUCAGAGGCGAAGGAGCGCUGGCUGAACCCUCUGAAGCAGCUGGUGGAGCAGAUCAACGAGAGGUUCAGUGAUUUCUUCCGUUCCAUGCAGUGUGCUGGCGAGGUGGACCUGCACUCUGAGAACGAGGAGGAGUAUGAUAAGUACGGGAUCCGUAUCAGGGUGAAGUUCCGCAGCAGCACCCAGCUGCACGAGCUCACGGCGCACCACCAGAGUGGAGGGGAGCGUAGCGUCUCCACCAUGCUGUACCUCAUGGCCCUGCAGGAACUCAACCGCUGCCCCUUCAGGGUGGUGGACGAGAUCAACCAGGGUAUGGAUCCUGUGAACGAAAGGAGAGUGUUUGAUAUUGUGGUGCGGACAGCAUGCAGAGGAACCACCUCACAGUACUUCUUUAUCACGCCAAAGCUCCUACAGAACUUGAACUAUGCAGAUGAGAUGACCAUCCUGACCGUGUACAACGGUCCUCGGAUGCUCCCUCCUAACAGAUACGACCACAGAGCCUUCAUCAGGCGGGCGCUCCGGCGCAAGCAGUCCAACCCCUGACCCUCCAAACUGCCAUGUCAGUCAGUGACAGCAGAUCUGCCUCCUACCCUGCACACUCUCCAAUGAAGACCAGUCAAACUUCCUCAAACAGUUCAGACACCAAAAAAAGUGACAGUCGGUAAAAAAUAUUUCCGUCUUUCUGGAGUUGGUUGUUUAUCCUUUUCUGUUAGCUUUUUGUUUCUUUUACAACAUUUGAAUACUGCUCACAUUAAAGUUUGAAUAUUGUGUUUUAUUUGUUAUUAAAAAAGGGCACCUCAAUUUGCUCUAGUUUUCUAUGUGCACUUUAAAAUAAACGAUUGUCCUUUGUUUUGGACCUCCAA